AUGAAUGCAACGGCAAACAGCAUCAAUGUAACUUUACCGGAGCCGGUUGUAAAGAAGUACGAAUUAAAGUUUACUUUAAGUAAUUUUUACUUUGAUCAAUUAUCAAUAAAUCCAAUCAAUUCGAAUGUGAUAUCAUUAAAAACUAAUUCGGGCAAGCUUAAUGCACCAGAAAACAUAAGUGUUUUAGCUUUGACGCCUACUAUAGUAGUAGUUCAUUGGAUGCCACCCAAGCAAUUGAACUGCGUGAGCGUGAACUACGAAGUGCAUUGGAAGUUAGUGAACGACACGCAACAAAAGAGCAAACAAUUUAUCAAUAUGCCGAAACGUAUGGCAGAUGGCAGAUAUUUCACAAAAAUUAACUUGUUGCUACUAGUACAAGAUUACUUGAUAUACGUGCGUGUGUAUCCAAUUAAUAUCAGCGAUUUCUACAACGAGAGUUUAAGCAAGAUCGUUCACAUAUCCUCAGAACCAAACAAUAUUACUUUGAGCGAGGUCAACAUAAAUAGCAUGAACAUUUCAUGGAUCUCCAACAUUAAUCUGACAAUCUCUUUUACACUAGAGUACAAAGAUAUUGCAACAGAAAAGUGGUGUAUCACAGGAAAGGUGAAGGAUUUAGAAAAAUCGGGCACAGAGAUAUCCGUUGCAAUAGAAACGCUUCGAAAGGAUGCUUCUUCCCGUGAGAAAGAGAAAUUGUUAAAGGAAGCCAAGCUUAUGAAUCAUUUUCAACACAAACAUAUAUUAAGAUUGUUGGGCAUUUGUUUAGAUGGAGAUUCUCCGUUACUAGUGUUGGAAUUGAUGGAAACUGGUGAUCUGUUAAAAUAUUUGAGAGAAUGUCGAAAUUUGCAAGCGUCAGAUUCGCUUGCUCUGCGUUUGCAAGAUUUGCUCGCUAUGUGCGAAGAUAGAUCUAGCGUGUCGCAAUUGUUUAGUAUCUUCGAGAAAUCGAGAGAACGCGUCAUAAAAAUUGGAGAUUUUGGACUAGCUAGAGAUUUCUACAAGGAUGAUUAUUAUCGCGUGGAAGGAGAAAGUUUGUUUCUUAUUCGCUGGAUGGCACCCAAAUCUUUGAUAAUCAGAAAAUUUACUUCUCAAAGUGAUGUUUGGUCAUUUGGGGUAUUAAUGUGGGAAAUUACAUCGUUGGGUGAGCAACCUUAUAGUGCCAAGGCUAAUGAAGAAGUGAUAAAUUAUGUACGUGCUGGAGGCAGGUUGCCAAUGACUCUUAACUGUCCGUCACCAUUGUACCAGUUGAUGCUAAGUUGCUGGAGUGCAGCGGAUGCUAGACCAAAUUUCGAAUUUUGUCUGAAAAAUAUUAUAGCAUUAAGAAAGAACAUAGAGGAUGCCUUACUGAGUCCGGUCGAUAUUAUUUAG